AAGACUCGUGUGAUUAUGUCGUAAAAUAUAAUUUUUUGUUUCGUUACAACAAUGAAACGGCGGGAAUCUGCUGUCUGCUGAAAUCGAAAGUGAAAGUUGAAAAUUGGAAAUUGGAAGUUUUGAAGUGCAGCGUCAACAAUAAUACACACUGCAAUGCAUGCUUUGUAUCAUGUAUUUACGGUCUUUCGAAUCUUCCCACUCCUUGUUACUAAUCGGUACUAAAUCUAGGCCUAAUGGAGGAUGCUUUUGUGUUUGCAUGGGAUAACUUCAUAUUCAGUUUGUCUGUGAAUGGCAGCAGAGUAUAUCUUCAAUGGAAGUCGAUCAGUGAAUGCAUACCGAUGCAGGCCGGCGAUGGCGAUGAUGGGAAAGAAGAAAAGCAUCCAGGCACCGGUGAGACUAACUGUGACAUUAAUGACGAUGGCGACGGUGGUCAAGAUGAUGAUGAUGCUAAAGGAAAACCGACCAAAGGACAUCUUUCAAAUUCUUCUCGUUAUUCCAGUAUUUCUAAGGACGAACCUUGUGAUGAUGAUAAUGAGACAGCUUUAUCUUCUCAUAAUAUAACGUUCUUUGAGUUUGGGGAGCACUGUGAAGUCCACCCACUUUCGAUGGAAAUGUCUUUUGACCCCAGUUGUUUUCAAAAUGUUCCCGUGUGCUCAGUUAGAUGCUGUAACAAAAGUAAGGCAACAGCAAAGCAGAAAAGAGUUCAUUCAUCUUCACAAGCUGUUGCUGUCUUAAAAGUUUCAAAACAGGAACUACUAGAAGACCUAGAUCAUCGCUUCCCGGGAGAGGCACAGUCAGAUGCAGACAAACAGUUUUAUCUGACGGAGGUCAGGAAAUAUUUGCUUUCUGGAGAACAUGGAAUUCUACACAGAAAUCUUAGCUCAAGUAGUAGUAGAUCAUCUAGAACUUUUGUCAUUAACAAUUUUACUCUAGGCAUAACUGAUGUUAACAACAACAGCAUACACUUGUUUGUACAAAGUGACUCAACUCUGCCCGUGUCCUCUCAGAGUUUUUAUUUAAGAGUUAAUGAACAAAAUGACAAUGAUCCUCGUGACCUAAAAAUUUUAAGUACAUUAGCUAUUCCCUCUGAAAGUGCCUUUGUGGUUCUUCUGGGGAGUCAAAAGGAGUGCUCAGCAUAUUACUUCUCUCUCCAAGAAACUACGCUCAAAGCAGAUUCGUCAAAUUAUGCCGAGCUGCAGUAUGACAUGACACCAAUUUCCGUGUCCAAACUUUUUCCCACAGAUUUAUCUGACAUUUUGCAACAAGUGAAAAUUAUAUCGUUUUCACAGAGUCCUUGUGAAGGUUGUGAUUCAGUGUCUUCUUCUGUGGUUAUGAUCACCAAAACAGGGUUUUCUCUCUACUUUGUGGACGGAGUGAUGCAAGGGUGUGUCAGUUUGUCCAGUGCAGACUCUACUGAUGAGGCCUGGACUCUACCCAGUCAUGGGGAUGCGCCAGUGGAUAUUUUGCAUUUUAAUGAGCCAACUCCAAGAACAGCUGUUUUAUUUCAUGCUGAAUGCUUUCUCAUUGACUGGUCAAAGGAAAAGAUCAUAAAGUGCUGGUUGUCCGUCGCUAAAGUCUUGCAAUGGACGUGUACGAAGAAUGGCUGCCCAAAGUUGAUAGUGAUUCAUCAAGGGGAGAGCAAUUUUGACGAUUCAUCAGCAGCGCUCAGUGGUGUCCGGUACCAUGUCUGUGACGUAGAAGACUUAGUUGGCAUAGGUGUCAGAUCAGAUCGGAAGACGAGUGAGGAACGACUUCAGGAAGAUGAUGUUGUGGGAGGCGAGGAGGACGGUGGGUCUAGAGGGCCGGAGUGUGCUCUCAAUGCCCUGCUGGCUCAAUGUAAGAUGUGUCAAUCAGCUGUCCAGGAGGCAGAGUCUGCUAUUCAGUGUAAACGACAUUUUAUCGCCGAGACAUGGGCGCAGAUGUCAAGACGUCACAUGGCAGAAUCCAUGUCUAGCUCUGGACUGUGGUAUUCAAAGAUGCCACCACUGAUUUCUGUUGUCGAUGGAAGUCUCCCAGCAAUGAUCCAAUCUGAAGGUCGAUCAGGUCACACGCAAGAGUUACCCCCUUCAUCCCCUCUCGUUGUGUUGAAGAUAUGGAAAAAAAUAUUGGAAUCCCAUCUUGUGGUGGGUGUCGACGUGAAGAACAAUUCAGCAAGAUCCCUCAGUAAUAUUUCUCUAAGCAUUACAUGCACCUCCCAAAGUCGGCCGAUAUUGUUUGAGUCUGUCUGCUCUCGUGGAGGAGGCUGGCUGCACACGUCCUCAGACCCAUCAGGCCUGACCCUGGAGUCUGACCCAUCACUGCAUCAGCAAGGAUCUCCUGCCAGGAAAAAAGUCUGCCUCACGUCUGGAAGAGUUCAUUGCCAUGACAGAGUUCUGGAUUCCCCCAGUGUGAUAGCACCGUCCUGCUUGGCCACUGUAACUUGCAGCUCAGAGGUUUCCCAUAUAGCAAUUGGCAGAGAGGCUGAGGUCAGACUCCUUGUGUUCGCCUCGUACAUUGAGGACCCAAAGAUGACGACAGAAAAUCUACCGCGUGGAGGAGCUCUCAUCAUGAGCGACACGACUUCACUUCCUGUGCCUCUGCGUCGUGAGCAGUACUGUGGGGAGGUGGUCGUCAUGACCUCUGACCUGAUGGAAGAAACUGUCCUCACAGGAAGUUUCUCUCUCGCAGGAAGUGCGUCUGAUGAUGCCGCAGAGUCAGGACAAAUCUCCCUUCAGGACCUACAGGCCCUUGACUGUCUCCAGACAUGCACAGUGCUGAGUGUCCAGAGUGUGGUCACUUCGGUACGGUGUCUGGUCAAUCAAGUCCAGGCUCACCCAUCUUUAAGUUACAUCGUCUGGGCUGACCAGUAUGUGUUCACUGGAGUGACGUCUCUCAGGUUUUGUCGGAUCCGAGUUCUUCCACAGACAAGCAAAUGUCGCGGCACGAUCCUCGUGUAUGCCAGGUCGGACCAUCUGACGAUUCUUUGUGUCAAGUUCCUGUACUCUCUACUCCCUGGGGAUGUCAAACUGGUGCCUUGUGCUGAAACCAGCCAGUCGACAUCAUCAUUGUCAUCAUGUCGUGUGAAAAUGCACUAUGCCGCAGAGGCAGUUUUGGCUGAUGUCGACGCAGCAGCAGCUGAUGUGAGACACAAGCUGGCAGCUCUCUCUUUCUGCAAGACCCCCUCGGAUCAACAGGAUGUUGUUGCUAUGGAAACGGCUAACAUUCCUCAAGAGACAGAUGAUGAUGUUACUAUGGAGACAGGUGGCCACCGCCAGCUCUUGGUUUGCGACAAGGUCCAGAGAGAAGAAAAAACUCAACAGAAUCCACAGACUGAUGGUUCAACUGAGACGGGACAGAAUUCUAGGGAGGGUGCGGCCUCUCAUUGUGCUCACAUCUCCUCAACAGGCAGUGGUGAUGACAGGCCUGGUGCGAACUCCUGUGUCAGGGUGGAGGAAGAAAGGGAAAAUUUGAAGAAGUCGCGGAAAAGGUUGAGAGAAAAGUUUAAAAAUGGCGCUCAAGGUAUAAGUAAACAUAAAUAAUGGAGCAUAAGUACAGUCAAACUUCGUUAUACCGUCCUCCGUUAUGCCACCAGCCCUGCUUACCGCCUCUGACUGGUGUUUGAGUGACUGCGUGUAAUGUUUAGUUAAAUCUAGGCCUGAUGCGUGACACGCGAAUGCCGUAAAACACUAGAAAGAUUAGCCAAGUAAGCCUAAUCAGCUGCACUCGAAGAACUAAUAAAGUAC